UAAAAAUCUAAUGGCGAAAAAUAAAUCUAAAAAAAAUGUAAACCAAGCAGAUACAGAAGCUUUAAAGAAAAAAAAGCUGACAAGUAGACAAAGAAAAGCACUUUUAAAAAUUAUCGAAAAAAAACAAAAAAGCCAAAAGAGAUCUGAAAUGUUAAAUGAACUGAAGAGUCUCGAGCUUUCAGCACCUUCAUUGUCUUUGAUGACAUCUAUAAGUCAAACACAAACGAGUGGAUUGAGAAAUGCAUUAAAAGAAAAAAAAAAAUGUCAAACAGCUAAGCCCAUUAAAGAAAAUAGAAGCUCAGAUGAAAUGACAGUUGAUGAAGAUGUUGGUUCAGAACUUGAUGAGGAUGAAAUUGUAUAAUAAUUUAUUUAUUUAACUUAAAUCAUUCUGUACAAAGUCAGUAACUAUUUCACAAUGGAGGCCAUAUUAAUUUUACUUCUUUAUGUGCUGAUUGUGGUAACCAUAUCAAAUAUUCUUCCAAUAAAUCUAUGAAAAAACAAAUUUUGUUAACAUCUGAAAUUAAGGGGAUCAAUACCGUGAUUUUCUGUCAUUGUCUAAUACAUGCGCGGUAUAGGAUUUUAGCCGUAUUUUUUGCCAAACAUACCGAUGGAAAUAGUGAAGCAACAAGAAUUAUAAAAACAGAUUUAAAUUUGUCGUCAAGACUACUUGAGAUCGACUUUUCAACAUUUUCGAUAUUAUCUUCCAAAUUCUAAUUAAUGUUAUGCUUAUGUUAUUUUAAAAAUUGUAAUUUUUAAAUUUUUGUUGAAGUUAAAAUCAAAAAUUCGGGAAAGUCGAUUUCAAGUAGAUUAUAUGACAAAUUCAAAUCUGUUUUUAUAAUUCUUAUCGCUUUGCUAUAGCCAUCAGUACGUUUGGCAAAAAAUACGGCUAAAAUCCUAUGACGCGCAUAUGCUAGACAAUGACARAAAAUCACGGUAUCAAAUCCCCUUAAUAAUCAU